CUUGAGGACAUCUCAUCAAGUCCAUCACCAAUGGCCUCUGCCCGUCGGAGGAUGGGCAAUUCGGACUACGACGACUGGGGUAAUCCGAUCCAAGCACAUUCCUUCCCUCAAAAACGAGAGCCUGGACUUGCAGGACUUGUGGGCUCGAUCCGAUCAUAUACAGCGAAUAUCAUUCGACGAUAUCGGACGAUACUGGGGACUGUGCUUUUCAUCGCAUGUUUUCUGCUAUAUUGCACUACUGGGGAGCCGAGGCCGAAGAAGGUCGAUUGGAGUAGUUUUGCAUAUGUUCAAUAUGUGACUGACAAUCAUAAUCUCUGUAAUGCAUUCAUGGUGUUUGAAUCUCUCCACCGCUUAGGAAGCAAAGCGGACCGCGUGCUCUUCUACCCUCAAGAAUGGGACCUCGAAGACGAAUCUCCCGGCGACCGGGUCUCUCAACUCCUCCUCCGCGCCCAACACAACUACGGCGUAAAACUCAAACCAAUCACCCUCAUGUCGCCCACGGGCCCCGCCGACGCCGGAACCCUCAACGCCCCUUCCACCUGGGACACCUCCAUAACCAAACUCUACGCCUUCGGCCUCUACGACUACCUCCGCGUCAUCCACCUCGACUCGGACAUCACCCUGCUAAAACAUCUCGAUCAUCUCUUCCAACUCCCCUCCGCCCCGAUCGCCAUGCCCCGCGCCUACUGGAGCGACGCACCCGCCAAAGACUGGCAACUCACCUCCCUCCUCAUGCUCAUCGAACCCAAUCCGCUCGAACUGCGGAAUUUCCAAGACAUUCUCGAAGCGUGGAGACUCGCCCCGGACUUUGCUCCCGCCGCGAAAUACGACAUGGAUCUCAUUAAUCACCGCUUCGGCGCUUCGGCUAUGGUCUUGCCGCACAGGAACUACGCUUUGCUAACGUCCGAGUUCCGCCGCAAGAAUCACUCCGCUUACCUCGGCACCAUCAAUGGUCCGCAAGAAGGGCAUUCGAGAUAUACGUGGGAUGCGAAGCGGGUCUACUCGGAAGCGAGCGUGGUGCACUUCUCCGACUGGCCGUUGCCGAAGCCUUGGAUCAUGUGGCCGCACGAUGGCUUAGCGGAGAUGCAGCCGGACUGUGGAGGAGCGAAGGAGGGAACUUGUGAUGAGAGGGAGAUUUGGAAGGGUUUGUAUGCGGAUUUCCGGAAGAGAAGGAAGAAGUUGUGUCGGAUCUUGAGCGUGCCGGCACCGACAUGGGCGGAUUUGAAGCCGAAUGGGACGAUUGCUGUGUGAGGUAUGGGAAGACGGCGUCGUAUGGGACUUGGAAGAGGUGGUUAGUUGGCUCGGGAAGUGCAUGUUGAGCGUGGCGGAAAAGCUUGUGAGUAUGAACGACCUUCGCC